GAAUGGGAAUUGGGUUAUCUUAACCACCCGCCCAAAUUGCGACUCCCCUACCUGCAUUGGAGCCGCAGAUUGCCACAGCAAACAGACUGUGUGUUCUCUGUUUGCUGAAUUUGUUGAGCUUCUUCUACCUUCUAUUUCUAAUUCAACCUUUAUUCAACACCCUGGAAAGUUAUUGGUAAAGCUAUUUGUGCAGUGGCGUCGUCGUCGUCGUCAUGAUGGUUUGGAGAUAUACUCAACAAAAUUGUCGCUCUGUCAGAGCACUCGUCUCUCUAUUUUGUCACACUCCGUUGCAACAAUGCAGGAAUGCUGUGAUUCUGAGGAGAUACGAUGAUUCGGUGAAUAUGAUGUCUCCGGUCAAAUAUGUAGAAGAAGUUCCUUCUACGAAUGUGUGGAAUGUAGGAGGGGUGCGGUGGAUGUCAGGGGGGAAAAGCAUGAGGAGCAGAGUGGCAGCGAGAAUGCAAAAUGAGUCGAGCAAAACCUUAAGAGAGAUUCGAAGGUCUAAGAAAUUAAAGUUGAAGCUUAUGACCGAUGAAGAACGAUUAAUUUAUAAUCUCAGAAGAGCAAAGAAAAAAGUGGCCUUGCUACUUCAAAAGCUGAAAAAAUAUGAGCUACCAGAGUUACCUUCUCCGCGGCAUGAUCCUGAGCUUUUGACUCCUGAGCAACUGCAAGCGUAUAAGAAGAUAGGUUUCAGGAAUAAAAAUUAUGUCCCUGUUGGUGUUCGUGGAGUCUUUGGAGGAGUUGUCCAAAAUAUGCACCUCCACUGGAAGUUUCAUGAGACUGUGCAAGUUUGUUGUGAUAACUUCCCUAAAGAAAAAAUUAAGGAGAUGGCUUCAAUGCUCUCUCGACUAAGUGGUGGAAUUGUGGUUAACAUACAUAAUGUGAAAACGAUUAUUAUGUUUCGUGGCAGAAACUACCGCCAGCCAAAGAAUUUGAUACCUAUCAACACACUUACAAAAAGGAAGGCAUUAUUUAAAGCCCGAUUUGAACAAGCACUAGAAUCACAGAAAUUAAACAUAAAGAAAAUAGAACAAGAGCUCAGGAGGAAGGGAACAAAUCCUGAUGAUCCAGUUGCCAGGGCCAGCAUCCAGAGAGUAGCGUCCACAUUCUUCAAUGCCAUUGAUAAAAAAGAAGGAAGCCCAUAUGUCUUUCAGGAGGAUUAUGGUACUAAGUUGGGUCACGACAGCAGUGUAAAUGAAAAACAUUCAACAGCUGAAGACAGUGACCAGGAGGAGCUUGAGGAUUUCAUAGCUCAGAUAGAAAAGGCAGCUGAUGACGAAUGGGCAGCCGAAGAAGAAGCAGAGAAAGAAGAAGCGGGGAAGAUUAGAUAUUGGAACAAAGAAGAUAUAGGAAGUCGAUUCAGAAGAUCUGGAAUGAUUGGAAGUGAUGAAUCAGAUGACGAGACAGGAGGAAGGUCAAGUGGCGGGAGUAAGACAUAUGGAAGGAAGAUAGAUUAUGAUGAUCAGCAAGAUGAUAUAUCUGAAGAUGACAGCGAGUUGGAUGAUGAUGAUGGUCGACAUGGUAGCAGCGUUUACACAGAUACCCACACGUACAAUGCUCCUGUCAGGCAUCCGAAGUAUAAAACAGAGAAAUGGCAGAAAGGUAAGAGCAACAGGCCUAAAAACGAGGGAGGUUCAUACAGAAAUUUUGACCCUUAUUUGAAGGGAACGAUGGCUACAGAUGGUUCUGUUUCAGAUAGUUUAAGUGACCUUGAGGAAGCCAUGUGGAUUUCAGAUGAUGCGGGUGGACAGAACUCAACAAAACCAAGCGAGUAUAGAAGUAGUAGUGACGAGGAGGAUGAUAAGAUAGCAACAUGGAAAUCAGAUGCAGAGGAUGCACCUGGUUCGGGGGCAUCAAGAGGGGUUGGUAAUUGCUUUAGGACCGGUGGUCAAGGGAAAAUGGAGAAAAAUGAGGAUACCCCCGAGAGCAAUAGGAAGAUGAAAAGUUCAAAAGACGUGGAUGAAACUUGGGACAGCGACUGACCAGGAUGCCAACUUUGACAUAGAAAUAGGGCUCGUUCGUUUGAGACAGACAUGUAGUGCUAUUGAGGCUGGUGAUAUUUAUGAUUCUCGAUCUAUGCAAACAAAUCAAGAAGAAAGGUAUGGACUAUCAAGUGUGGUUACCAAACUUGAUAAGCAACUUAUACUGUCAAAUCAAAAUGUUGUUCAAAGACUUGGUCUCCCUGCCCUUGUGAAAAUAAAGAUGGAUAAUCCUGACGCGUCAAAUAAGAUUGGGUUGCAAUCACGAAAAGAUGCAGAUGAAGAUUUUGUUGAAUCUGGUCUUGCAACUCGUGAUAAAAAGGAAAAUGCAAACGGCAGUGCAUCAACUGAACCACCGGUUCUUAACAUCAUUCAGUCAUCACUUCCAGAUAUCAAGAAGGUGACUCACGACUUAUUGCGUCAAACUGAUUCGAUUUUGGGAGCAUUGAUGGUUCUAAAUGCCACUGUUUCUCAAUUCGGCAAAGGAGCAGGCCUUUUCGGAAAGGGUGAUGCUGAGUAAGUUCAUGUGACAGGAAACAUACCCAGAACUCAAUUCAAUACCUGAAUACUUGAUAUCAGCUGUGAUUCAUUCUCUUUAAUUUGUAUUUAAAGUGCUCAACGCAAUAUGCUGGUUUCGAGCUUGUAAUUAAUUAAUGUGUACUACUGUGUAGCCACUUGACAUGGCAUGUUUUACUAUUUUUACUAAUUGGUCAGUCUUUUUAACUAUUAAAGAGAACUCUUUUGUCGGACCAAA